AUGUCUUCUCAAAUAGACGAGUGGUGCAAGAAGUGUAGAGUCUGCCAACAAAGACGAAAUCCAGUUCCAGCAAACAGAGCACCACUACAACCAAUUACGACACGGCGACCAGGAGAACUUGUAACUAUGGACAUCGUAGAAUAUCCAUUAAGUCCUUGGGGAUAUCGCUACUGCCUCGUAAUGAUUGACCAUUUUACGAAAUGGUUGGAAGUGUUACCCCUAAGGAAUCAGAAAGCAGAAACUGUGGCAAAAAAGGUGUUUGAUGGGUGGAUUCCAAGACAUGGCGCCCCAUAGCAACUUCACCAUGCCAUGAUCAGGGAAAGAACCUAUCGGCAAAAAUUAUUGAAGAAGUCUGUAAGUUCCUGGAAGUUUGGAAUACGCGCACUACACCAUUCCAUCCCCAAUCAGAUGGCGCUUCGGAGAGAAGUAUCCGCACGGUGAACAACAUGUUAGCAAAAGUAGUUGCAGAUUACCAAAGAAACUGGGACUUAUACGUAUCUUCGUCAUGUUUUGCGUACAACACUGCGGUACAUAGCAGCACCGGAUUUACGCCAAGUUAUUUAGAGUUUGGAAGGGAGCUUCGGUUGCCGAACGACCUUGUGGAGCCAGGUGAAAAUGAGAGACGUGUCGUAUCACACACAGACUAUGCUCAACAGCUAAAGAACAGACUAUCAAAAGCGUUUCAAAUCGCGAAUGACAUUCUUCACUCUGCACACAAAACACAGAAACAUUUCUAUGAUCGAUGGGCAAGGGCCAACGUUUACAAGGCAGGAGGAGAUCUAGUGUUGUGGCUUGAUAGGAAAACCAGACGAGGAAGGUGCAUGAAGUUAAACAGACCUUGGACAGGACCGUGGAGAAUAAUCAAACGACUGGGAGAAGUUGUGUACCGGAUAAAGUACGAAGGAAGCGAGAAAGUUAGCGUCAAGAGACGAGUUGUCCAUCACAAUCAAUUGAAACGGUUUCAUGACGUCCGAGAACCUGACAUGGCGGAUAAUAAAACCGUGGUUCCAGAGAAAGAGUUGAGCGACUCGCCAGAAACUGAUGAUGCAGCUGUUGUAGUCAUUGAAGGUCCAGAUGUUGCCGCUCCAAUUGAAGACGCAGAACAAGAUAAUGAUAAUCUGGCUGAGCAACCUGAACCAACUAACGACAAUGAGAGACCACAGCGAGAACGAAGACCUCCAGAAUGGUUUGUUAACUAUGAUAUGAACUUUUAA